UUAGCCAGGAAAGUUAAAUAGCCAAGCCAUAUGGUCAGUGAACCCCCAUAUCCAGGCCACAUAGCCAAGCCACAGUAACCAGAGGCCCUAGGAAAGGGAUCAGAAAGUUUGCACCAGUCCUUGCGUGCUUCGUGGGGAUUGCAAUUGGGAUGGUGAUCGGCAUUUUAUUCCCACAGUUAGUUCUUGAAAACAUAAUGCUUCGACAUGUGUCACUCGGAAAUCUGACAAUGGAUGGAUUUGGAAGUUCUGACUGUCACGAUGGUGCAAGGCAAAGUAAUGGAACGCAAGGCGCUGACCCAGAAAAUAACACAUUGGCAAAUAUAGACUUGCCGGUCGAGGCAAGGAGUCUACCGCCAGGAAUAGUUGAGAAGAGAACGGACUUGUACAUGCGGAAACUGUGGGGAGACCCUGCAAAGGACCUUGUAACAAGACCGAAGUACCUUCUUGCAAUGGCUGUUGGAAUUCAUCAAUUUGAUAAUGUGAAUAAAAUGGUGUCCAAAUUCCCAAAAGAAACUACCACAAUCAUUCUAUGGCAUUAUGAUGGUGUUGUGAGUGAGUGGCACGCCAUGGACUGGGCGAAAACGGCAAUCCAUAUUGCGGCAAAGAAGCAGACGAAAUGGUGGUUCGCAAAACGGUUUUUGCAUCCAGACGUCGUGGAGCCGUACGACUACCUGUUUAUUUGGGAUGAGGAUCUGGGGGUAGAAGCUUUCGACUUGGAGGAGUACAUUCGCAUUAAGCGGAUAUAUGGUUUUGAGAUUUCACAACCGGGUUUGUUCCCAGGCUUAGGAGCUCAAUGGGAAAUGACGAAGAGACAAGUCGGUAGGGAAGCGCACACGUUUGUGAUGGAGCAGCCAGGAUAUUGUGCAAGUGUGCACGCACCGCCGUGUUCAGGUUUCGUGGAGAUCAUGGCACCUGUUUUCUCCAGGGCGGCAUGGCGGUGCGUCUGGUAUCUUAUCCAGGGGCCUGCCUAUCAGAAGGUCGGAGUUGUGGACUCGGUUUGGGUGACACACUUGGGGAUACCGUCAUUGGGAAAUCAGGGGGAAUCCAGUAACGGAAGCGAAGCCUGGGUAGGGGUACGGGAACGGUGUGUACACGAGUGGGACAUUUUCAAGCAGAGAAUGGCAAUGGCUGAGCAGAAGCAGCUAGCACUUGGAAACAUCAGUUCAGCACCACCAUUGCUGCACCAAUCAUUACUUAGGCGUGACACUUUCGGGACCUUCCGUCGUAGGUUGAGUCUGAAAAAACAAAAUCCAUUUCUGAGAGGUUGACGCUGGCUGACAAGAUAAAGAAGGCGUGCGGAGACUGGAAAGCUGAUGUAGCUGAGGCCAGGUAAUCUGCAGGUUAAUGCGACCGCCGUGACGUUGUCGGAGGCACCAAUCAAACAUUGCAUUCUUUUGGCUGGAGAAGCGUAGGUUAAUGUGGCCGCCGGGACGCUGCCGAGCACCAGAGAUAAACAUUACAUUCUUUUGGCUUGACAAGUGUAGGUUAAUGCGGCUGCCGGGACGUGGGUGCAUCGUUGACGAAGCAGAUGUGUUUGCCAUUUGAAUAAGCAUACAGGACAAGGGACAGGGAGCGAGGUUGGGUACUAGAGGCCCUAGAGGGGCAGCAAGUGGAAAGGUACUGAUCUGCGUUGAUGCGUGGUCCUUGGCUGCAACGGAUCUAACGACUCCCUCUUUGAAAACACAACUUCUUUUCAAGAGUGUAGAGUUGACGUCAACAAUUCUGAAACCACCGCUACCUUUCUCAUAUAUGGGCCCGGGGGCUUCAAGAUUCAAAUUCGGAGGCCGGGCGCCGCUGAUGAAAAUUGUCGAUAGCCGCGGCCGGUGGCGAUUUUUUUCAGAUGAGGCUCAACUUGCGAUUUAGGGUCACAGUGAGAAAGCCAGCGGUCCUUUGACGGCGCGAACUGCGACUUUUGCGGAUAGCAACACCAGAGGAAAACAUUUCCAAACCAACAGAUGGCAGAGGAACUUUCAAGAAUAAUAAUAAUUCGUAAUUUGACUACAAGAGACACGGAAACUUCGGAGUUAAUUCCACGACAACUAAAACUUCGGAGUUAAUUCCACGACAACUAAUUCUCAGAUUGCAGAUGGGUCUUUUUCUUUUGAAAGAAAGGGAGGGAAGUUCGGAGACUAAACACGAUGAAGAAAUGUGUGACAUGGUCAGCGAAAGGAGAGGCUCAAGGCGUACGAAGAGUAGGGACUUUUUUUUCGACCGAGUUCUGGACGUGAUUGAGCGUUAUUAUUUUUCAUUUCUUAGGGGAAAGGGUCAUCUGGUGGUAGAUGUGGAUGUCAAUUCUGAGGAUGGAAUCCCCCCAUUGAUUUCAAGAAGGGCAUGUGGCCCUGAUGUGACUCAAUUCAUUUUAUCACGUGCUGAAGACGAAAUCCUAGCCUUGGAGGAAGGAGUCUUCUCUUCGGUGUUUUGAGAGAGAGAGAGAGAGAGAGAGAGAGAUUAUCAUAUCUUGCCGCUUGCGAGAGCGCUUCCAUUUCUUGCUGAACAGUCAGUUCAUAUUGUUCAGACAUGAAUUUGAACACCGGGAGAUGUGCACAAGCGAUUGCAUGCGACUUCCACACUUCAGCAGCUCAGCCAUGUGUGUGCGUGCCAUGGCCUUCGGCGGCUUGACUAGGCCUGAAGGCCAAAUCAAAGAAUGAGGACGCA